AUGGGCCGACCUCGUAAAUCAGGUACAGCAAGGAAGGCAAGGGUAGAGCAAAGGGAAGCCUCUAUCGAGGAUGAUGACAGGUCACAAAUAGAGAACCAACAUGCUCCAACACAGUCGGCCGAUCAAGAUACUGCACAUUCAACCGAUGAUGUUCAGCAGAUAUCAACCUCCAAAGGACGGAACGGAUCAACAUCAGCGACUCCAUCUCCAAGGACUUACUCAUCUGAAGCUACAAUACCCACUGUUGAUAGCGACUUGGUCUCAACAUCGGAGUACUCAUUCAACAUCACAACUACUUCUAUGCACGACAACAUGUUUGCCAUGGAUCAAUUGUCAAAUGUUGGUCUAUCGAGCUCAUAUGAGACACUCGACAGUUUGGACAGCCCACUCAACGCUAUUUAUGGUAGCAAACUUGCAGCACAAGAAAUCGAUAUACACGAUAUCCAGGAUCAACACCAUUUGGUAGAAGCUUGCAGUGAUCUUGGUGAUCGAUCAUCCAUGUGGGCGAACAGCAAACCGCAGGAUGUUUUCAACAUUUUGAAUGAUCCACCGGAUCUUAAUAAUUCCGCGAAUAUCGAUGCAUUCUCUGUUCGCCCAACAAUGGAUAUGACGCUCUCCAGAGACAAUCGAGCUCCCAUUCUGGACCCCGCGACUCCAGAGCUAUUCCGCCAACUCCCAUUAUCACCGGUAAACCAAAUUGGCUUUCAAGCUUUUGAACCGAUCAGAGCGGAGUAUUCAGGCUGUGAAUGUUACAAACUGAUAUUGCGUUUGCUUCUCCAAUUAGAUGAGGCUCUUCAUCACGCAAACGCAAUGAAGCUUGACACAGCCCUCCAGAUGAACAAGGACGUUUUUGCCCAUAGUAAGAAUAUGUUGGAUUGCUAUUCUUGUACCGGAACACAGCCAAGUCAACAUCUCCUUCAGGUCAUGCUUGUCGACCGCGGUAUCGGGGUGCUGGAAUCAAAACUCAAAAAUAAAUCACCUACUUCUAUCCUAUUUUCAUUCGAUGAACUUUCCAACUUUUGGAGAAAAGAUGUUCUAGAGUCGGCCGAAGACUGUUCUUUGCUUGUUGGUGGCUAUGAAAUUUCACUAGAGAAAAACAUAUUUAUCAAAAAGCUGCUUCAAAGGCGAUUGGAUAAUUGGGCAACUGUGCUGGAGGAUCUCCAAAAGAUUACUCUCGGAACGAUUGCGAAUUCUAGAUCUUAG